AUGUCUGAGGUGAUCAAGACUUUUGACCCUUCCAGCUUGGCAAGCUCACGGCCUGUCUACUCUCAUGUGGGCACAGUGCAGGGCGGAUCAAAUCUCAUCUACACAGCAGGACAGGUCGGAGUUGACCACGAGGGAAAAGCACCAGCCUCAUACGAAGCACAAGUACGACAGGCAUAUCGAAACCUUGCAAAAUGUUUGAAGACCGUCGGAGCAGAACCAAGUGAUAUCAUCAAACUCACAUAUUUCAUUGUGAACUAUUCUCCUGCGAACAGGGCUCAUGUCGAGAUUAUGAAGGAAUUUCUACAAACCCAUCGGCCAACUACGACGCUCGUGCCGGUGCCAUGCCUUGCUCGAGAAGAUUUACUCUUCGAAGUGGAAGCGGUAGCAGCGGUGAAAAGCACCAAAGAAAAUGAGGCUAGCUCAAACUCUCGAGAUUACGAUGUCAUCAUUGUCGGGGCGGGCCUGAGUGGACUUCAGGCAGCUCGAAAUAUUGACAAGGCCGGACUGUCCUACGUUGUUCUCGAAGCUCGUGACCGUGUUGGGGGCAAGGUCUGUACCGUGGAGGUGUCCAAGGGUAUCGUCGAGCUUGGGGCAGCCUGGACCAAUGAUCAAAAUCAAGUGAAGAUGACUCAGUUAGCCCAGGAGCUCGGGUUGGAGUUUCUGGAGCAGAACACCCGUGGUGAUGUGGUCCUUCAAACAGAAAAUGGAGCCACCACGAGAUUUCCGUAUGGAGCAGAUCCAAAGAUUGGCGACCGCAACCGGAGAGACUUGAAUCGCAUCCGUGAUCAGUUUGAGGUGUUAUGUCAAGUACUGGACACUUUUCAACCCCAGGAAUAUGAUGAGCUCACCGUAGAGGACUUUGUGAAGAGAUUUCGACCUACUGAUAUAACGUUAUCAACGGUUACCAUAUGGACUCGGGCGAUGCUGGGAGUUGAGCCUUCCGAGGUCAGUGCACUCUACUUUCUAGAGUAUUGUCGCAGUGGCGGCGGUCUCCUACAGCUGCGCUCGGACCGAAUUGGAGGUGGGCAGCAUCUUCGAUGCAAGACUGGCAUGAGCUCUUUUGCCAAUGGUCUUGCAUCAAUGCUACGGCCCGGAUCGAUCAAGCUGAACAAUCCAGUUGAGAGUAUAACGCAGCAUCCAAGUGGCAGAACGCACGUCACAACACGCGGUGGCCAAGAAUACCGAGCUGCCAGAGUCAUCGUCUCAUUGCCAACUCCGUUGCUGAAGGACAUCAUCUUCUCACCAGCUCUGCCAGCACUGAAGCAAGAGUACAAUAGCUCCGUUCGACUUGGCUACUACUCGAAGAUGAUUGCAUUGUACUCCCGACCAUGGUGGCAAGACAGUGGCCUCUGCGGGCUUUCGCAGUCAUUUGUUGGUCCAGUUUCACUUACCAGAGAUACCAGCAAUGCGUCAGCUAGCCAUUACUCAUUGACUUGCUUCCUCGUAGGAGAGAGUGGGCGGAAAUGGUCGCAGUUGCCCGAAGGGGAGCGUCGAAGAGCAGUGCUCGAGCAGCUUGGGACAAUGUUUGGACCUAUCCACAGCGACGAAGCGCAAAAUCCGAUUGAGCUCAUCGAGCAUGAAUGGUCCAAAGAAGAAUUCAGCAGAGGAUCACCAUGUCCAGUGACUAUGCCGGGCACACUAUCGCGGACCGGUCAUGUGCUGAAGAGGCCUUUCGGUCGUAUUCAUUUCGUCGGGACAGAGACUGCUGACAAGUGGCGAGGUUACAUGGAAGGUGCUAUGUUAUCAGGAGACCGGGGAGCUGCAGAAGUUGUGAAGGCUCUAGGCGCUUCCAGAUCACCAAGACCGAGACUGUGA